CUUUGGUGUCUGUCUGUGUUUGUGAUGCAUGCUUGAUAGUUAUCCAUUAUCCAUGAAUGGAAUUCUAGUGAGACAACCUUGUGUUUAUUGUUUUGUUAUUUUCGUUUUCAUUGGUUUUUGUUUAUUAACUUGGACAAAAUCUACACACAUUAUAUUAUUAUCGAAAGUGUAUGUGUCUUGUACGAUUUUGAAGGAUUUUUAUUCGAAAAUUUUUCAUUUAUAUUUUUUUUACAAAUGCACCCAUAAACAUAUUAGUAUUCCAAAAGUCACGUAAACACAGACACAGACGAGUUUUGUAUUACGUUUUUCCCAAAAAUUCAAAUGUGAAUGGAAAUAAACACGAUAUAUUGUAUUUAAAAUAAUGACCUAUUUUCAUCAUAUGCAAACAUUCAAUUAUGGUUGGGAACAAGUGGCUAUUGCAUUCUGGAAUCGUUAUCCAAAUCCUUAUAGUAAACAUGUACUAACUGAAGAUGUCAUACAUCGUCGUGUCAUCCGUGAUGGCCGUUUAUUCACUAAACGUCUUUUGAUGAAAACAAAUUCCGCACCCAAAUGGACCGAACGUUUUUUACCUGCUAAACAUGUGUUCAUUAUUGAAGAAUCGAUUAUUGAUUCAAAGACAAAAACAUUGACAACAUACACUCGUAAUAUUGGCCUACAACAUUUGUUGACAUUAGAAGAAAAAGUCGUUUAUAAAACGGACCAUGAACAUCAACAACAAACCAUUUGUGAACGACAAGCAUGGAUUAAUUCGGCAUUCUAUGGCCUUUCAUCGGCAAUUCAACGUCUUGGCCUUGAACGAUAUAAACAGAAUAUCAAAAAAGCCUACAAAGGAUUCAAUCUAACAUUGGAAUCAAUAUUCGAUUCUGCCGUUCGUAAUAGACCAAUAUCUGAUUGUAAUAGCAAUUCACAAUUAUCAAUUCCUACAAUCAAUCCAAUAUUCAAAGAACGUUUACGACAAAGUGCAACAAAAGCCAGUGAAUUUGCUAAAUCAAAUAUACCGACAGUUAUUGCUGCCACUGAUAGUGGUGAUCACGAUUAAUUCGAAUUUUUUGUCUUUUUGCCUACAAAUUUUGGGCUUCAUUCUUUCAUUUGUUACAAAUAAUUUUUUUUCACUUUUUUCUUGAUUUUCUAUUCAUCAUUUUACAUUGUAUGUGAAACUUCUACAAAAUUCUAUUACAAUUAAAAAAAACAAUGAGAAAACUUUUGUAUUGA